AUGCUCUUCUAUUUCACAUCUUGCAUGAUCAGUUCGGUUGUCGUUUUUCUUUAUCCUGGCUAUGCGUCCUACAAAACCCUUUCCCAGAGACCAGCCUCUGAGGAGGAUUUGGAGCGUUGGCUCAUGUACUGGUCGGUACUUGGAUGUAUCGUCGGCGUCGAGUACGCUGCAGAGUGGCUUGUUUCAUGGGUACCGUUCUACUACCUCGUGAAGACCAUAUUUCUUCUCUAUCUAGCACUCCCGCAAACGCGCGGCUCAUCCUACCUCUACAUCAACCAUCUUGAACCAUUCUUCCACAAUCAUGAAUCCCAGAUUGAUGCGACACUCGCAUCCUUCAAAACUCGUAUUUAUGCCUUCAUCCAACAAAGGUUCCGCAUUUUAUGGGACGCACUUGCUGCAGCAAUCGGUCAACAGCAACAGGCCCAUUUCACUCCUGCAGGCGGGGUGACGGACACCGGUGUACCCCCAACUUUGGCUGACCCGGCGUCAGGACCCGCUCGACUUGCUAUGGGGCUCUGGCACUCGUACGGCCCUACGAUUGUCGCUUCUGGCACAGCACUGCUGCGUCAAGGUGCUGCGGCAACGGGAACAUCUGGUGACCAAGCCUGGAAUACUCCCGCAAACACCUUCACAAGGCGUUCUGACGCAGGUCAUCAGGGCUCCUUGAAAGAUCGCAAGCGCGAGCUUGAAGCUGAGCUUGCGUUCAUCAAUUCGGCAGAGCGUCCUGCUGUCUUGACUCCCCCCGCUUCAGGCUCCAUCCAGCCAUCCUCUCGUGCAUCUUCGGACUUUGAGUUGCGGGAGCGUGGGUCCAGCUUUGUUGGGCGAUUUGAGGAGGUCGACGUCCCCAGUGAUGCAGAGGGGUAUGACAUUGAUGGUGAUUCUGGUGGGGAGGUUCGUGAAAGGCCUGAGGCAAGGAAGGCUGCCAGUUGGUUUGGCUGGGGAAGCGCUGCGCCAAGCAAGGGGGGAAAGUCAGAUUAG